AUGAGUAAUCUAGAGGCUAGCCGGAUUUUGGCUUCAGCUCUUAAAGAUGUUGAUGAAAUUUUGAAAGUGAAUAACUAUGAAACAGAUGAAGGUUAUGACGCUGAGAUCAAUAAUGACAGGCGGAAUAUAUUACCAAAAAUCUCAAUUCGGGAUGCUGAAGGAAAACAUUGUGUUGAAAACCUAAACGAUUGCAGAAACUUACCUGAUGAGACAUAUCUUUACAGAGCCGGGAAAGACUUUUCCGUUCUAAUAAAUAGACUUCAAAUUUGCAUCAACAAACUGAAUCAAUCAACACCUGCGGCUUCAAUCUGCACAUCGGAAUACCAAGCUCUGGAUUUUAGAGUAACCGAGAACAGUUCAUUUGAUAUUGCUCAUCCCACAACCACACAACGUACUAAAUUCAACUUGAAUUUAAUUGAACAACCUCAACAAAUGAUAUCUCAAUACAUGUUUCCCCCAAAUGAAUUUAGUACAUACCUCAAUGAUAAACGCUUUCAUCAACGAAUCACUAAAUUACGAGGACAAGUACAAGCACAAGCUAAUCGUAUUGCAGAACUAGAGAAAGAUGGAAACCCAUUGUCUUAUUUGGUCAAUAAAAACUGUACAACAACCGGUCAUCGAAAUAAAAAUAUUAGUCAACUGAUAUCAACUGAUAUGGAUAAUCUUCAAUUAUUAAAUGAAGUUUCAAAACAACAUUUACGUAUUAAUGCAUUGGAAGAGACUAAUCGAGAUUUAGAAGAGAAAAUUAACAAAUUAGAGAAAGAAUUAUCACAACGUCCAAAUCUAUUUAAUCUAAGAAAUUCAUAUGAAGAUUUACAAAGUUUAAAAUAUAACAGACAAUGUGCAACAAUACGUCCGACUGCUGCAUCUAAUCGAUCAGCUACAUUAUCGAACAAUAUAAGUACAUUAAAUGAAUCAUCAAGAGAAUCAAACAGGUUGAAUUAUCCAAGCAUAUUCCGGCGUUCUAUUACUCCAGUUACAUUUGAUAAUAGUUGUUCAUUCAUCACUACACCUAAUCAGCCUGAGUAUAAUUUGAAUUUCAUUAAUCAAUCACUUACUGGUACUCAGUCGACCCCACCGACAUCACGUUUAAUUAAUGAUAAACCGUACAGAUAUGAUGCUUAUAUACCAUACGAACAAAUAAAUCAUAAUAAACUUUCAUUUCUUGGUGAAAAUUACGCUCACUUAAAUUCUGAUCAAUUUAAAUCUGCUAGUCUUAAUGAAUUAUGCUAUUCAAGAGUUAUGCAGCCUGUUACUACAACUACUAAUAUCAAUACUACUAGUAGUAGUAAUAACAUCGUCAAUCCAAUUACUAGUCGACGUUGGUUAGCACAAAAUCGAUAUAGUAUGAAAUCUCCACCAGCUGAUAUUUUCAACAGUAGCAUACAAGAAUCAGGUAGAAUAAAUCUACUUCCACCACAGUAUGGUAGUAGUUAUCAUCAACAUAUUUACAAUAAUUCACGUACACGAUCACCAACACAACUUCAAUGGUAUCCGUACACAAGAAAUAACUUUAUUGAUGGUGGACAAACAUCAGCAGAUUGCCAGUUAAAUGGAAGUGUUAAUUUAUUCAAUUCAUCGGGUGAAUGUGAUUCACCAUCUUCAGGAAGAUGUACAACUGUACAGGAUACCCAUUUGUACACAUCAAGAAAUAAAUCAAAUUUAUCUAAUGCCUCCUCUUCUCCUUCUGAUCAACAACAUCAUAUGAAGACGGUAAACAAUUCGACAAAUAUUUUAAAGGAUGAAAAAAGUUUAUCACUUUCAAAAUCUACCCUUAACGGAAAGAAUCAAUUAAAGAGAUUGAAUAUUGAACGAGCCUUUCAUUGGCUUUCACAAGGUCAAAUGAAUAACUUCAUAUCAAAUGGUUUGAAUAAAUCAGAUUCCAUGCAUCAUCAAUGUAAACCACAAAACAAUUUAAACAAUUCUGCACUAUCCAUAAGGUCUAAAAGUAUGGAACGUUAUUAUGGUAGUGGUUCAGUGAAAGGUUCUACUAUUAGAUCACGUAGAAAAACACAAGAAACUAAUCUUCCUUUUGUGAGCAACAGUGAUAAUCAUCAUGUUGAUGAUGUUCCUGCUAAUCCUGUCUACGAUUCUCCACUACCUUCAGUUCUACAUGCCAAUUCAAUUUGCAAUAAUAAAUCACAACGAAGCUAUCAGGGAAGUCCCCUUGAAUCCAAUGAAAAUGGUCCAUUGAACAGAAAUAUGUCUGUACUGAAUAAUAAUGAAUCGUGUAAUAAUAAUCAUAUGAAAAACGGAUCGCAUUCAUCUGAUAGUUAUAAAAACACUCAUUCUGUCUCAUCUUCUGUACGUCAUGGAACGAAUGACUUUACGUCGUCAUAUUUGGACAACGUUAACAAAUCUCCUUCAUCUCAUAAUGGUCUUAAUUCAUCCAAUGAACAACGUCAAUCAUUUCAAUUCGCCUAUACUAAGCGAAAUUUCAUCACUUGGGAUAAAAAUAUGAUUUCAGCAUGGUUAUAUAAAAUUGGUCUAGGUUAUACAGUAACACAUACACGUAGAUGGUUAACUUCUGGUCAAGAUUUAGUAAAUGAAUCCAAAAAAUCACUUGCUCAGUUGAUGUGCAUACGUAACCCAUUACAUUUGAAGAAAUUAUUAAUCCAUAUACGUUUAUGUAUGAAAGAUCAGUGUCCUAAUAAUAAUAGUAACAAUAUUAAUAAUAAUUACAAUUAUGGAUGUUUAUAUAGAAAUAUAGAACCACCGGGAAAUUUUGAUAUGCCAGGUUGGUUACACGAUUUAGGUUUAUCAUCUUAUAUUCCACAAUUUGAUAAUUGCAUCAUUGACCCUUAUGUGCUAGAUCAACUUACUAUGGAUGAUUUAUCUGUGUUGAAAAUGUCUAAUGAAUUACAUGUGUUAAGUUUACGAUGGGGAUUACAAAUGUUAAGACAUAUUAAUUUUGAUAGAAAUCGUUUAUGCCGAAGUCAAAUGGAACAAUGUGAAGCAAAUUUACCUUGUAAAAGAAAUAUGUUACAUUCUCCUAUCCAAUCAUUAAAUCAUAUUCAAGAUAAUGUAAAACCUACUAAUGAACAUAAUGGAAAUCAUGUGCAUACCUCUUGCUUGGAUACUAUUUCUACUUUACAAUCGAAUUCCAUGAAUUCUGAUAUUAGUUUUAUUUGUUCAACAUAUUUACCAAUACAAAUUUGUUAUUGGACUCAACAACGAGUAAUGAAUUGGUUACAAAGUAUCGAAUUACCUGAAUAUGCUAGUGAAUUAUGUGGAAGCGGUGUACAUGGUGCUUUAAUGAUUCUAGAAGAUCGUUUUACACCAGAUCUUUUAGCUGAUAUUUUGAGAAUUCCUCCAGUAAAAUCACUUGUUAGACGACAUUUAACAAAUAAAUUUAUUGAACUUGUUGGAUUAGAGAUAUGGAAGCGCAAACAACAUAAUGAAACCAUUAAUCAUAAUAAUAAUAAUCCACUGACAAUACAUUCUAAAAUUAAAUUUACGAAAAAGAAAAAUAUUUUCAAUUCUAAUCGUGGACACAAAUCCAACCAUUACAAUCAUGUUAGUAGUGUUGGCGAUGAUGAUGUUAGUACUGAGCUUGUUUGUCCUAUUGAAAUCGAUGCUAGUCAUAUGAGUAUCUUUGCCGAAGAGAUCCAGUUGCUACAAAUGUACAGCAUCUGGAACUUCAAGAAACUGACUUGUGAAUCAAAUAAAUGA